AUGAGCGAGGGACCAUUGUUUUUGGAUAUAGUAGCUGAGGCAGACAAUCACGUGAGGAAAAAUGUGAAGACAGCCGCUCACAUGCAAUGCAAUGCAACCACACCCGUUACGUUUCUUUCAUUUAUGGUUUUGGGGGUUGAAUUAAGAAAGUGCAGAAAAUUUUAUCAGAAGCAAAAUUCCGACGCCAAAUUUCUCACAAUAAUCAGCGUUCUCGCUCAGGAGCGUUUGCUUGGCGCCGCACUCGGAACCGCGUUGACAGGGAUCAUAGUAUUUGAGCAACGGAAACGCAUCUAUGAAUCGAUUUCGGAUCACCAGUCUCAACUCCCUUCCCAAUCUCAGAUGAAAGAGACGAUCUUUGGAAAGAAAUCUCGCUCAGAGUUCGCUCUUCUAUGGAACAAAGCUGUGGACCAGAUAUUUGUGCCAGUGAUUGAGUCCAUUAGUUCACGUCGUUGGUAGAAAUUUGGAGUAACAACUGUUGAUGUGUCUAUUACUGCAUACAUCCUGGGGCCAUGCUUUUAAAAAAUUAUUUAUAUAUUCAGUUUCUUUUCCUUUUCGUUUAGGCUUGAAUGUCUUAGAAGUAGAUUGUUUUGUCUAAUCUACAUUGGAUCA